AUGCCUUCCAAAACCACUAAAGAAGUGCUCCACGACCUCUCUCCUUAUCUCAUAGUCUAUACAGAUGGAACCAUCGAGAGAUUAGUGGAAACACCUACUGUCCCGCCGUCGCCGGAAGACCCAAUCACUGGCGUAGCCUCCAAAGACAUUAUAGUCAUUACACCGGAGGUUAAAGCCAGAGUAUUCCUCCCAAAGCUGACAGUCUCCAACCAAAAACUCCCCGUUUUGGUCUACUACCAUGGCGUUGGGUCGCAAUCAAAAGAAGAUUUGACUGGUUUUGCAUAUAAAGUUUGGAUGUGUAUUUAUCCAUCAGCCCCUGGUGGGAUUGACAAUCCGAUGAUCAAUCCAAUGGUGGAGGAUGCUCCAAGCUUAUCGGGGCUGGGGUGUUCAAGGCUGCUGGUUUGUUUAGCAGGGAAGGAUGCACUUACGCCUAGAGGGAUUCUUUACGUUGAGACUCUGAAGAAAAGUGGGUGGAAAGGUGAAGUGCAGCUGGUGAUGGUUGAUGGUGAGGAUCAUUGCUUUCAUGUAUUUGAUCCUACCACUGAGAAAGCAAAGGAUCUGAUUAAGCGUUUGGCUUCUUUCAUUUCUUAA